AUGACUUCCGAGUGGUUAUCACCCCCGACGCGUUCAGAGCUCAUCGAAAACCUUGUCUCAGGUGUUGACCGUUACAAUCCUUCAAACGUUGGCAUCCUCGAGGACUACCUUUAUCACCAAAUCAGAAGCGAAGAGUAUGACUGUCUGGCUAAUUUGGCCAUCUUGAAGCUUUAUCAGUUCAACCCAGAGCUCUACAACCCGGACGUGGUUAUCAACAUCCUCCUCAAAGCCCUUACUUCCUCCCCUCUGCCCGAUUUCAACCUUUGCAUAUCCCUUCUCGAUGAGCGUCCUCCCAAUGCUCAAUUAGAUGAGCCCGACCCGCUCCCGCUCGUCUUGCCUGUGCUCAAGGGCUUGCACAACCUCCUCUUCCGCUGCCGCUUCCCUGCCUUCUGGCAAAUCUACAGAUCCGAUCAGAUGGAAUCUCUCCGGGAAAACUACACUGUUGAGGUGGUAGGAUUUGAGGACGCCGUGCGGACAGUCGCUGUUCGUGCCGUCAAAGCGACAUUCACAAGAAUUACCUCUGAAAGAUUGGGUUCCUACCUGGGUUUGACAGGAGCCGAGUUGGGUGCAUACAUUCAAAAAUUGGGUUGGGCGGUCGACCCUUCGACCUCAGUCAUUAUUGUGCCACCGAACCCUGACAAUCAGAUUGAGGCAACCGUAGUUCAAGAAACGAUUAAACUCCCUCAGUUGACAAAAAUAAUUGCUCAUUCGGUUGCAAAAAGUUGA